UCUCUGUUAAAGUGCUCAUGGGGUGUUCUUGAAAACUAUGAGAAUUCCUACCAGUAGGAACUUGGAUAAAAUUAGCUUCAUCUGAUGGAGAUUUAAUCUGAUCUGGAGAUUAGAAUUACAGGACGAACAGUGAAAAGGUUUAAAAUGUGAUAUUUUUCUGCUUAUAAGUCUUAAAUUGAAGAUCUCCGUCUUGUGCUCAGUAAUGCAGCCCUAUCUCCUUUCACUUAACGAGUAUAUUAGUAGACCAUCUUGAGAGUAGGGACACUGAAACUGUUCACAGAAGGAAAUAAAGCACUUGAUUUAAACCAAUACCAUUAUAUCAAACCAACAUUAACAUAAACUCUGUUUCACUUAACACUUGUUCUUAAAUCUCAUGAAAAUCAAACACAGCAACCCAAGCUGUCCAAAAAGGAAUUUUUGAAUUAGAAGUCAGCUGUCUUGCCAUGUAAUGGUUCACCAGAUAGCGGUUGACCAUCACCCUCCAGGGAUAAGGACUAUUUCUGCCUGAACCCUCAAGACAGGAAAACCCCCUCAGAGACAUCAAUGUAGAGUCAUUUCCAUUUCAAAGAUCCCUCAAGAAAACUUGCUUGUCCAGGAAUUAGAGAAUAUAAGGGGAUCAGGUUGUACUCCUCACUGUACACUGCCAAACUGCUGCUUUGGAAACUUUGAGAUGUGCUUAUUUCUGGCAGAAAAAUGCCAGGCUCUGAUUGAUAUGACAGGCUUUUGAGGCAACAGUUUUAUGGGUUCAGAUGGCUUAAUCUGAGAAAUGGUUGAAAAGACUUCAAGGAAAGGAACACAAGAAUUAUUUGCCAAAUGUGUUUUUAAUAUGCUUUUAAUCAUUUUUCAUUAAGGGAAUGGUUUACUAAAACCAGUAUAAUAUUUUCCCCAGGCUUCAGCAGAUAAAGUCAUCCCAUGCGUUAAUGUGAACAUCUUUGAAACUGUAAACUUCUCUGUGAUACUGUGCAAAGACAGGCAGUGGCUUGACAAAAUGUGUUUUUCAUUUGGUGUGGAUAGGAAUACUCACUUUCUCACAUGCACUGCAACCCUGAACUUAUCUAGACAUUACCCGGAGGAGCUGUAUGUGAGAACGCAAAUGUCCAUAUCGGUUGGACCGGACAUUAAACAGAUUUUACUCUGCCAGCUCCCUAGCGCAAAGUCUGUGUAAUGUCCGAUUGAGCCCAUGUGUGAAUAGAGCAGGUCAUUGUCCGGAUAAUUCACAGCGAGGGAGUGGGCGAGUUGAUGAUGUUUCUAUCAUGCGACUGGCGCGAAACCGGAAGAAUACAAACAUCCGAAGGUGAAGAAGAAGGGUCAUUUACACAAAGACGGCAACGAAAAUGUCUAACUGGAGAGACGACAAGAUUCGGGAACUUUUGUCGGUAAGGGCCGACGCCGAAAUCGUCAGACAAAUUCAAGGAACGGAAAGAGACUCGGUUGUUUAUGAUCAAAUUACGAACCGGCUACAUGACCGCGGUGUAAUCCGAGCCAAGGCGCAGGUGAACAGCAAACUAAAAGCACUCAAAAGGCAGUACCAUCAGGUCAUUGACCACAAUGGCCGGAGUGGAAACGACCGCAAAACAUGGUGCUAUUUUCGUUUGUGCGAGGCUAUAUGGGGUCCGAGUCACUCGACGAACCCUGUGGGUUUGGUCGGGAGCAUGGAGACGGCCUCCGCCUCAAGAAGCCAGGAGAGACGCUUUCCACCUCGAGUUGCCCUGAGACGCCAUCUACCUCGAGUUUCCCCGAGACGCCAUACAGCGACACUGAAGAAAAGGCUAACAAUGCUAGCUGGCCUUGUAACUACUGUUAAACUAAUGUUGUUCUUGUUGCUAUUGUUAGAGUCGUUGUGUCGUUCUCCACCUAAGAAGAAGAGGAGGAGGAACCAGACACGCUCAGAAAGGUUAUCUGCAGAGAUGAGGGGCCUGUUCAGUGAGAUUGACAAGGACUUCAAUGAGCGAGAACAGCUUUGGUUGUUGGAGCAGCAGGAGUACAAGGAGCGGGUAUGGAGAGAGGCACGGGUGGAGAAGGCGCAGGAGAUGGCCGUUCUUCCGGACAUGACUUCUCUACUCUGACAAAUGGUCCAGCGGAUGCCUGCCAUGCAGCCUCAAUACCCUCACUCAGCACACACCUCCUGGAGUAAAGACCCAUGCUACCGCCACAACCAGAGGCAGGGCCCUACUUUCACCGACCUCUGAAAGACUUCAUACUCCCAAUUGUACUAUUUUUCAUAUAUACUGUUCACAGAAAAACAAUGUUUGCCACCCUUUUUGAUAGUCUGUUCCAUUCU